AUGAACCACUCAGGUAGAAACCUUGAAGGGUCCCAAAAUAGGACAAAUCCCGCGGUCAAUCCAUUCAGAACCUCGCCUUCUGACGAUAGAGUACCAAGCAGGGACGACACGCCCAGAAAUUACAACAAUCCAUUUUUUAACGAAAACGAGAAUACCAGGUCGCACGAUAAGAGUGUCCCCACUCACAGACAGGAAAGGCUUCCAUCGUAUGAAGAAGCUGCGGGGAAACUAAAACAGCAAGCUUCAUAUCCGAAAGAAAAGAAACACAGCAGUGGCUCGGAUAGCCACCAACGCAGUCAUCACCAUCGUCGAUCUUCACACAGCCACAGGGACAGGGACAAGCAAAAAAGUAAAAGCAGAAGCAAGGUCAAACCUCCUAAAAAUGUGGAUACAAUUGAUAAGAUGGACGUUACAGGGUUAUUUGGCGGAUCUUUUCAUCACGAUGGUCCCUUUGACGCAUGCACUCCACAAAGAAACAAGGAUAAUAAAGUGGCACCCGUGCUAGCGUUUCCAGCGGACGGUCCAAACAAUACAGUCGGUGGUGGUACCAGUAAGAAGUCUACUCUAGAUGAGGUGUUCGGCAGAGAAACAGUAGACGAUGAUCAUGAGAGGUCGGAUAAACUGCAAGAUAGAGCAUAUUUGUACAAUAAAGCCAAUUCCAGCACCACCACGUUGGACGCGAUAAAACCAAACAAAAAGAACAUUACUCAAUUUGACUCUAAGAUGAAAACCGAACUCGUUCACGGACCCACAACAAUGGGUCUAGGCUCCACAACAUUCUUGGAUGGAGCGCCUGCAUCUUCUGCAGCAAUAAGACAAGACGUUAUUAACCAUGCGCACGAAUCUCGUAGGAAAAACAGCAUAUCAAGGAAAAAAUCUCUCCCAAGAAGGCAUUUGCAAGUUAACAACAACAAUCUAAAGCUCGUCAAGACGCAUAGUGGGCACUUGGAGCAAAAUGAAACCAGCGGCGGCAAUCCUACGGCCACCACUAACACCCACGGAAGCGGCUAUGACGAUGUCGCCAGAAAUGAAAAUACCGGAAACAAAUUGCUGAGAAGAGUGAAAAGUUUGAAAACCAGUAGAAAAAACUGA